UUUACCCGCUGUAUUUAUUUAUUUGUUUAUCUAUCGAUUGAUUGCGUUUUAAUUACUGCCUUGUGACAGAGAGCGAGGGAGGAGGAGCGUCAGGGCCAAGCGCGCGCGCGCGUUGUGUUUGUGUGUAUAUGUGUGUGUGCGCGUGUGUGUUUGUGUCCGUUCAGCCUUUUUUUGUCCCACUUGUUUAUUUGGAAGCCUUUAAUGAAGCUGUUUUAAUUUAAAGAAGAAGAAGAAAACGCGCGAGCCGCCGCUUUUUGCCCACGCGGAUGAAUGUCUUACAUGUAGCCUUCAUGCAAAGGGAAGAAGAGAAGGAGCGCGUGCAGCUAGAGACCAAAUACAGUAUAGACCAAACCAAAUAGUGCAGAAAUCCAAAUAAGACUUUCUAACUCUGCUGGCCUUGUUUUUUCACUGUCGAGCGCGUUGUUAUGCGUCCUUGUUGUGCUGUUUUAAACUGCAAAGCGAAUACCAAAGCCAAGCCCGGCCGGUGAUGCUACAGGAAUAGGCUAGCGACUGUUCUCAUGCCUCCUCACACCUACAGGAAACGUUAACUGGUGAGGAGCGAGAGAGGAGUGUGAGGGGAUAAAAUAAGCUCCCGGGCCUCUAUGUUUACUCAAGGAAAACGAUAUAGCGGAGCAAAGGUAACAGAGAGACGCAGGUGCAUCGACGACAGACAGGUGACACGCAGACUUGUGUGUUUUUAUUAUUAUUAUCAAAGCUUACUUACAAUAGGCCUGCAAUUGUAACACAACUUUUCCUGUAGCCUGUAGAAGUGAGCUCUGAUCUCCGUUCUGUCCGUCUGUGUGUUGGUCUGGACUGUAAGAUAACUGCUUCACUCAAGGGACCAUCCUACAUAAAUAUAUAUAUAUAUAUAUCUAAAUAUAAAUACUAUGUUCUAUGCACAUUUACACCAAAACAAAAGCCGAGCACCAGUCUACAGAUGUAAAUAAAGUGCGCAGCUGGGGCUACAUGUGUACACACCUAACGGCGAAUGUUCUGAGCUCUCCAUACCAAAUAUUGUCCAAAAGCUGUCUGCCAGAGAAACGGACGAAAGUGCAGGAGCUUCAGAGGACGACAGAGCUUGUUACAGUACAUCUGACAGAUUAUUUGCAUCAAAACAAGAAGCCGGAGGAAGAUCAUGUUUGUUCCUUUGCCGGUGCCGUUCGUGUUUCAGAGAGCUACCCCUGACCUCAACGCCUGGCGUCUCAAAUCCCCUCUGGCUCUCCGCUCCAACUCCGAUAUCAGGAUGUCAAAGCCAGGAGAGGCUGAAAAAGUCGGGGCUGACUCACCAUUGGAGGGCACAGAUUCAGAGCGGAAUGGACCAGAAUCAAAUCAUCAGACUCAGUCAAUGAAAGCCUGUCCUUUUCCUCUGUCACCAAACCUGAGCAGCACCAAGAAUAAGAUGGAGGAGUGUGCUGACAUGUCCCCAGCCCUCCCUUCCUCUCACGGCCCGACCCCCUCACAGACUGCUCUGCAACACACACAGCUCAUGCUGACCGGCUCCCAGUUAGCAGGGUUGACAGCUCUGUUGCCGGCGCAGCAGCAGCUGUUGCUGCAGCAGGCUCAAGCGCAGCUCCUGGCUGCAGCUGUGCAGCAGUCCAAUGCAGCCCAUGCAGCUCACGCUGCCCACGCAGCCGCCCAAGCCAAUCAGCAAGCUCAGGCAGCUGCAGCAGCCAAUCAGCAAGCCCAGCAGCAGCAGCAACAACAACAACAGCAGCAAGUGGGUCAGUCGGGGCAGCAGACUCAGUCGCAGUCCCAGGGACAGAAUACACAGGAGCAGAGCGCCCAAAGCGUCCCUGUCCCACCUCCUCCAUCCCAGCUCACCCUCUCCCAGCCAAUCCAGCUCACUGCCCAGGACAUUCAGCAGCUGCUGCAGCUACAGCAGCUGGUGUUGGUCCCCGGCCACCCGCUCCCGUCUCCUGCCCAGUUCCUCCUUCCACAGGCACAGCAGAGCCAGCAAGGACUCCUAUCGACACCAAAUCUUAUUCCGCUACCUCAGCAAAACCAAGGGAGCCUGCUCUCUGCUCCGACUAGAAUGGGGCUUCAGGCACAGCGAGAUAAGGGUGUGGAGGUGAGUGGUGGAGGUGUGACCACGGUGCCUUCCGUGACCUCUCACCCCGAGGACCCCAGUGACCUCGAAGAGCUGGAACAGUUUGCCCGCACUUUCAAACAAAGACGCAUCAAACUAGGCUUCACACAGGGAGAUGUAGGCUUGGCCAUGGGGAAGCUGUACGGCAAUGACUUCAGCCAGACCACCAUCUCCCGCUUCGAAGCCCUCAACCUGAGCUUUAAGAACAUGUGCAAGCUGAAGCCACUGCUGGAGAAGUGGCUGAAUGAUGCAGAGACCAUGUCCAUAGACAGCACCCUGCCCAGCCCCAGCUCCCUGUCCUCACCCUCUCUGGGCUUCGACGGCGUUCCCUCGCGCCGCAGAAAGAAGAGAACCAGCAUCGAGACGAAUGUACGUGUGGCCCUGGAGCGCUCUUUCAUGACGAACCAGAAGCCUACCUCAGAGGAGAUCCUGCUGAUCGCCGAGCAACUCAACAUGGAGAAGGAGGUGAUCCGGGUCUGGUUCUGCAACCGCAGGCAAAAAGAGAAGCGCAUCAACCCGAGCAGUGCCACUCCUCCUCUGCCCAACCAGCCCCCCACAGCCCCACCAGCGCACAAGCCACCCUGCUACAGCCCUCACAUGAUGUCCAGCCAGAUGUCACAGGCCGUGACGAGUCUCAGCAGCACAUCGGUGACCACCAUGUCCUCCGUCUGCCCUCUGACUUCCAGCCUCACCUCCACCCACCCCUCUCUCAGCUUAACCCACACCCCACUCAGCUCCACUCCCUCCCCGGCAACUCCACCUCCUCCACCUAUUCCUCCCCGCAGCACAGCCAGCCCGGCCACCCCCAGCCACAGCACACUCAACCUUAACACAGGCUUAUGGCGAAUGGGUAAAAAGAAUGGUGACGUGUCUAACUACAUCACCGAUUUUGCUGCAAACCUGAGGAACACUGUGAUGGGAGUUAACACAGGGAUGAAUCAAGCCCUCCUCGGUAACAAUCCCCUGGCCACUAUCCAAGCCCUAGCAGCCAGUGGUGGCCACCUACCUCUUUCCACUCUUGAGGGUGGGAGCAAGGUGAUGCUGGGGGCAUCCGGGGGUCAAGGUGGGGGCAUCCCCUCCUCCCUCUUCCUCAACCACCCCGCCCUCCUCCACAUUGGCCAGAAUCCCAACGCCGGACUGGUCAGCACCACCGUAGCCAAAGUCUCCCAGUCCUCGCCCUUCCCCUCGGCCAGCAGUAUCAGCCCCACACCCUGCUCCCCCUCUCCCUGCUCCAGCCCCGCCUCUUCCUGCUCCUCCAGCGAAAUGGCACACAGCCCGCCCUCUCUGGGCGGGGCCAAGAUCGAGUGACCCCCUCCAAGGGCCAAUCAGAGAGGAGGAGGAAGGAGGAUACUAUAACCUCGCCUUUCACACCAAAGCUAUCUCUUUCUCUCUCUUGUGCUCUUCUUUCGUUAUUUUUCUUUUCCU